GUUUGCUUUUUCCAGGGCAGUUUUCACAGUAGCCGUCACAGCCUUCGCCAUGUCCCAGGCGCCCAUGGUCUGCCAGCCGGUGAGCAUCGUUUCCCCUGUCACCCUUUCCUCCGAAGGCAGCUGGAGCACCGGGAGAUAUGACUGCUGUUCAGACUGCCUCAUGUGCUGUGUUGGAUUUUGUUGCCCGGCCAUCCUCAGCUGUUACGUCUCGCAUAAAUACGGAGAGCACUGUUGUCUUGGGUUGGUGCCUGGCGGCAUGACAGCACUGCGGACUGAAAUGCGACAUUCCUACGGCAUUCCAGGCACGGUCUGUCGGGACGCCCUCUCCAUGUGUCUCUGUGGCUGGUGCGAGUUGUGCCGCAUGGCGCGGGAAGUGCACACGCGUUCCCUGAGUUAGCAAGAGACUGGCGAAACGUCAGGAACGAACUCUUCCAGAACACGGCCACGGAGUCCGAAAAACACACAAUGCUGGCCGGGAAAGCCUUCAACUUCAGGCGGAGCAACUUGUUGGCAAGUCACUUGAAUGACUUUCCACGAUUCUAGUUCCAAGGAGUUCUUUUACUGAAGGUUUGCCACAACAAAACUACAGAUCCCAGGACACCGUAGGGUGGAACUGUGCCAAUUAUUUAUUAAUAGUCUAUUUUAACAGGUUAAUUUUUAAUUGUAACAAGUUUAAUUCUCUUUUAAGGGGGAGAUAUAGAGAUUUUAUACAUAUUGUGCACUGUAUAUUGGGUGCAUUUUAAAUAUGUAAUCCCCUUUGGUUGUUCCCAUAACAGAAAA